AUGAAGUUGCAGGAGACGGGUGAGGUGGCCAGUGGUGGCGGCAGCCGCGAAAAUGGCAGGCAGAGCUGGAACCGCGGCCAUGGCAGCCGCGAAGCUGCGUUGCAGCAGCUGGCCAGUAACGCAGAACUGAAGGGAAGAGACGGCCAAUUUAAGGAAUGCUUAACGAGAGAUGUGGAGGCACUGCUAAGCUUGUACGAGGCUGCGCAUCUCGGGGUGCGGGGAGAAGACGUGCUGGAUGAGUUGGUCGUCUUCACCACUGCUAAGCUUAAGGCUGCGGUGCCGGACCUAGGUGACGCUCUUGCCGGCAAGGUGAUACAUGCUCUAAACCAGCCCAUCCGGACGGGCCUGACAAGGCUUGAGGCGAGGAGCUAUAUCUCUUUGUUUGAGCCAAAAGGCCAUGAAGAUAAACUCCUCCUGGACUUUGCCAAGUCAGAUUUCAACCUGUUGCAGAAGCUACACCAAAGAGAGCUCAGUGAGAUCACAAGGUGGUGGAAAGAUUUAGAUGUGCCAAAGAAACUGCCAUUUGCAAGAGAUAGAGUGGUGGAGUCCUACUUUUGGAUAAUGGGAGUGUAUUUUGAACCUCAAUACAAGCUCGGUAGAAAGGUGCUAACCAAAGUGACUGCUAUGAUGACCAUUAUAGACGACAUAUAUGAUGCCUAUGGCACCUUUGAAGAACUUGCCCUCUUCACUCAUGCAAUUGAAAAGUGGGAUGUCUGGGCUACACAGCAACUUCCAGAGUACAUGAGGCUGUGUUACGAAGCAUUGCUUGAUGUUUACAACAUGAUUGAGGAGGAGAUGGCCAAGCAAGGGAGGUCUUACAUCGUCGAUUAUGCAAAAUUAGUGAUGAAGAAGUUGGUGAGGGCCUACUUUGAGGAGGCCAAAUGGUUCCACCAAGGCUACACUCCAUCCACGGAAGAAUACAUGCGAUCGAGUGAAGCUAGUAACCAGGGGGCUUCCUCUGUUAUAGCUCGGCUCGUGAAUGACAUGGUUGGCCACAAGCAAGAGAGAGGGUAUGUAGCCUCUGCUGUGGAAUGCUACAUGGAACAGUAUGGAGCAUCAGAGGAAGAGGCAGUGGUGGAACAUAAGAAGCAAGUUGGAGAAGCAUGGAAGGACAUUAAUGCAGAGAUGUUGCAGCCAACUAAAGUGCCAAUGCCUUUGCAUUUUCAACGAGCUCCUAGCAACACUUCCAACUCGCUAGCCUGA